UUUACAACUCUCAGGUGGGCGUGGCUACGCCUGCAGUGAGGUUCAAGAGUUCACCUGCAAGUCCGACUCGGAAGGGAAGAUAUAAAAUCGACAAGCGUUGAAAAAUGGAGGCCCAGAGGAAGCUGUUGAACAGUACAGAGCUGUGUGUGGACGAGGCCCUGUGCGGUCUGGUGCGGUCGGCCAGUGGUCUCUGUCUGCUGAGGGGUCUACGAGUUGUGGUGCGGUCUGACCUGAAAAACCUCAAUGGGAGGGUGGGUCUGGUCUCUGGAGGGGGGUCCGGCCACGAGCCAGCGCACGCAGCUCCAGGUUACAUUGGUGCAGGGAUGCUGUCCGCAGCGGUUGCCGGGGGCGUGUUCGCCUCCCCUCCCCCGGCCAGCAUCCUGGCGGCCGUCCUCCACCUCCACGACGCGGGAGCGUCGGGGGUCCUUCUCAUUGUGAAGAACUACACCGGAGACCGCCUUAACUUCGGCCUGGCCGCCGAGCAGGCCCGUAACCGCGGCGUCUCCGUCGCUAUGGUGAUCGUCGCCGACGACUGCGCCUUUGAGCGCCCCGGCAAGGCUGGGAGGCGGGGCCUGUGUGGUACCGUGUUCGUACACAAGUUGGCAGGGGCCCUGGCAGAAGAAGGCUACCCAUUAGACAAGAUUGUUGCCAAGGUGACAGAGGUGCUGAAAGGGAUUGGUACUUUGGGGGUCAGUCUCUCUCCCUGCAGUGUUCCAGGAUGUCUGCCCUCCUUUCAGCUGCCCCCCGGAGACAUGGAGCUGGGCCUGGGUAUCCAUGGUGAGCCCGGAAUCCAGAGGUCAAAGGUGGCGUGUGCAGACCAGGUUGUGAACACCAUGAUAGAUCACAUGACCAACCCCAGCAGCCAAUCACAUCUGCUGCUCAACUCAGGGGACAGUGUGGUUCUGUGUGUCAACAAUCUGGGAGCUCUGUCCUGUUUAGAAAUGGCUGUGGUCACAAGAGCUGCACUCUCUACACUGGAGGCCCGCGGAGUGGUGGUUGCCAGAGUGAUGUCAGGGUCGUUCAUGACAUCGCUGGAGAUGGCCGGAGUCUCUCUCUCCCUGAUGAGGGUCGACCCUGAAGUUCUCCGACUGUUUGAUGCCAAGACGAGCGCUCCCGCAUGGCCCAACCUCAGCAGUGUGUGUGUGAGUUCACGUCAGUACACCGUGGAGCCCCCCGCGCUGCGCACGUGGGCCCAGGGGGGCGACGCCCACUCUGAAGGGCCGCUGAGCCCUGUGAUGCGUUCAGCGCUACAGAGGAUAAGCUCCGCCCUGCUGGACAGACAGGAGGAACUCAACGCUCUGGAUCGGGCAUCUGGGGACGGAGACUGUGGCAACACACACGCACAGGCUGCCCGAGCCAUUCAGGAGUGGCUCUGCAUUCAUGUGGUGCCUGGUUGCCCGGGGCAACUGCUGUCUGUCCUGGCCGGAUUGGUGCAGGAGAAGAUGGGCGGGUCUUCAGGGGGGAUAUACAGUCUCUUCCUUACAGCGGCAGCAGGACAUUUGACCGAGGGAUUGAGCCAUGCCGGGGCCUGGGCCAACGCAGUGCAUGCUGGGAUACAGGCCAUGAUGAGGUACGGAGGGGCGGAGCCUGGCGACAGAACCAUGUUGGAUGCCUUGUGCCCAGCUGUGGAUGAGCUGCUGAAGGUGAAAGCAGCUCCUUCUGGUGGUGAGAUGGCAGUACUGCAGGCUGCUGUUAAGGCAGCAGAGUUGGGGGCGGAGUCGACCCGUGACCUCAGAGCUAGAGCAGGGCGAGCGAGCUACAUCGCCGCAGAGCGAGUGACCCUCCCCGACCCUGGGGCGGUGGCGGUAGCCGCCAUCUUGAGAGCCGUGCUGGAGUCGCUAGAGGAACAGUCGUAACUUAGCAACCUGGCAAGCCAUAGGACAGACUGAGGCCCAAUAAUAUAGUUCAAAUACAAAUCAAUAUAUUAUGGUAAUAUACACUUUCUAACAUGGUUAUAUAAACUAGACUAUGAGGUUAGACUAUUUAACAGGUAAUAAAUUGGUCUUUUCCCCAUAAACAACAAUUACAACCCAAAAUAUGCAUCAAUUUGUUAUCAAUAAUUUUGCUACAUUAUUAUUGGUGUGCUCAAUAAAGGGGAUACAUGUAA